ACUCCCCUGGCGAUCGAUCCAUCCCUAUUGAAUAUGACUGCAUUUGCAGAUGUAAGUCAACCUGAUCUUGAGAUGGAACUGGCCGAUAUAGCCGACAAAGAUAUAUGGGUGUCCAAGUUCAAAUGCUUGACCGCUACUCUUGAGGAUGUUGCCCAUCAGAAGGCCAUUCUGGCUCAGAAUCAUAAAUGGAGUGAUAUUGAAAACCUUCCCAAACAGGACAAACUUGUAUUCGAAACAUGGAUUGCCAUCCCCAACACUUAUAUAAACAUGAAAAAGUAUGCAUUUGGAGUCCUGUCGAUCUUCGGCUCAACAUAUGUAUGUGAGCAGGUCUUCUCCAACAUGAACUAUAUUAAAGACAAACAUCGAUCACACCUCACAGAUGACAGCUUGCAAGCCUGUGUGAAAAUGAAGGUGACGUCUUACAGCCCUGAUGUGCAGACACUGUGCACUGAGGUUCAGGAGCAAAAAUCCCAUUAACCAGCUGAAGGAAUGGACAUUCGCAUUAAAGAGGAGGAAGUUCAGGCUGAUGGGAGUAACCUGGCAAUCAAAGAAGAGAAACCGAGUGCCGAUGGCCGAGAACUUCAGCUCAAACUAGAGACGCGACAGGUCGGUCGAAGGGACCUGCACAUUGUGGAGGUUGACCUUAAAGGUCCGCUGAUUGGCGAUUGUUCAUCUGUGGCAUCUGGGGAGCCACGAUUCUCACGGGGGGACUGUACUGCAUCAUCAAGGGUGGCGGAGAUUGAAGUGGAGGUGGGCGACGAUGAUGGUGAUGGAAGGGUCGUGAACGGUGGCCUGAAAACGCCCUCCCAUGCAAAAACUGCCAGGACAACCACGACAACAACUCACAUCGAAGAGAGAGAGCAUGGCUGCUCCGUGUGCGGCAAGAGCUUCGUUCGUCCGUCGGAUCUUAAGAACCACGCGAUGAGCCACAUGGCAGAGAAGCCGCAUAAGUGCUCUGUGUGCGGGAAGGGGUUCGGCCGCCUUUUCUCGCUGAAGGCCCACGCGAUGAUCCACACGGGCGAGAGGCCCCACGUGUGCGGCAAGGGCUUCGGCCGCCAGUCCACCCUUCAAAACCACGCCGCCACGCACGCCGGAGAGAAGGCGCACCGGUGCCCGGUGUGUGGGAAGGGGUUCGCCCGCCCGUCGACACUCAAGGGCCACAUGAUGAUCCACACGGGCGAGAGGCCGCACCGGUGCCCGACGUGUGGAAAGGAGUUCAGAAAGUCGACGCAACUCAAGGGCCACGUGAGGAGUCACACUGGGGAGUGGCUCCACAGGUGCUCCGUGUGCUGGAAGGGUUUCGUCCGCCCAUCGGAACUGAAGAGCCACGUGAUGACGCACAUGGGGGGUGAGAGGCUACACCGGUGCUGCGUGUGCGGGAAGAGUUUCUUACUCCCGUCGUACCUCAAGCAUCAUAUGGCCACUCACGACGAAGAGAAGCCACACAAGUGUAAUGCGGGCGUAAACGGCCUCGCAGAUAUGACGUAA